AUGAAGCACUUUAAGGAGAAGCACCCCGAGGAGAUUACCCGUGUUGGUGGCGAUUGCAAGGCUGCCCACGGUCUUGUCUUGUCUGAUCGUGUUACGGGCAAGGCAGCCCACCUGGCCGACCCCUACACCUGGGCCGACCAUGUUGAUAUGGGUGCCCUCUUCCACGCCCUGCACUCCAACAUUCAGAUUGUGGAAGGAAACGGUGUGUCAUCACCAACCUCGGAGAUGGGCAACGUUGUUCCGGACUCGACGUUGAACAAGAGCGACCGGGGCACCAGCGAGGACACCAGCGAGUGGAAGACCGUCGUCAAGUCGCGUCGUCCCCGCUCCUCGCCCCAAACCAAGCCCAACGUUGUCGCGCGUCCUCGUCAGACCCAGCUCUCAACCUUCCUUGUCCCCAUCAAGGAGGUUACAGCGUCUGUGAAGCUCCAGAGCAAGGCGCCCAAGACCUUCGAGAAGCUCCCCAAGGACAGCAAGGCGGCAGAGAGGCAGGUCGGUGGUCGCUCCAUCCAGGCGAGUCGCAGGUGA